AUGAUGCGUCUCUGUAAACUCUGUGAAUCAAUCCCGUUCGAAAGCCUGCCCGCCUUUCCCCAGGACUCGUACCACGCUGGGUCAUCUGGGAAGCAGCACAUACAUCACUAUUUCCGCAGAAGAGACUGUCCAGAUGAUGUCGCCACAGCAGAGGCAGCGCGAGUGGUCAGGUACCAUGCGACUAUCGAUUCGUUGCGAGAAGCGGCCGUGGCAGAGUGCGACCUUUGCACCCUCGUUCUAGGCGAAGCCGAAGCCCUGCUGGCUGAGCUGAACAGCCUUGAGGAGAGCGGAUUGACAACGCCGAGGUAUUCACCGCCCAACUUUGACAUGUGGGUGACCCAGCGUCCAGACGGCGGCCAAGGGCUUUGGGUUAUAUCGGAACCUAGUGUCGAUAGGAGGAGCGGGACGAUUAUGCCCAUUGCAGCGUUUGCUUUCGUCGUUGAAGAAGAUGAUCCUUUUGCGGGAUUCAUCCAUGGACGCCCUGUGAAGACCACUAUUGAUUCGUCGGUCCUCGAACGAGUGCGGAGAUGCGUCACCCAAUGUGACCAGGAGCACGAUGGUUGCGGCGCGCGACCGGUCGGUCCCGUACCGAAGCGGUUGUUGGACCUGCAUUCAUCGACAACCGAGAACCAUAAUACCAUUAGAUUGGUGGAAUUAGGCAACGACAGUCGUGAAAAAUAUGCUGCCCUUAGCUAUGCAUCUGAACCCUACAUCAGCCGCCUGGAAUCAGAUGAGUUGGUCGAUGGCGCCAAGAUUCCGAUUGACAGCCUCCCAAAGACUUUUCAGGACGCCAUUCUCGUGACUCGCACUUUAGGUCUGCAAUAUCUUUGGAUCGACUCACUGUGCAUCCUGGGCACCGUAACCGGAUGGCAAAGGUCGUCCGCUCAAGCUGGCGCCAUAUACACCAACGCAUACCUGACCAUCUCCGCCACGGGCGCCAAUAAUGCCUUGGACGGGCUUUUCUUCCCCCGAGUAAAGCGCAAACAUGCUCGAGUACCGUACAGAGCCAGCGAUGGCACGGCCGGAUCUGUGCUGGUCUCUAGCUUGCCGCUCGUCAAAGAGGUGAUUUGCACCCGGUACAUGGAGAUGAAGGACGAGCCCAUUUCCGUCGGGGUGUGGUCGUUUCAAGAGCGUGUGCUCUCGCAGCGCGUCGUCCAUUUUGCCAGCGACCAGAUUUAUAUCGAGUGCGCACAGGAAUUCGUGUCCGAAGACGGCCUGCGCGAGAGGUUGCGCUACCACAACACGGCCGAGGCACUGCCUGUUGGAACAAAGGACUACGGUCCAGUAGCAACGACGAGGAGUCCUGUCUCGCGUUGGUUUGCCCUGCUGUGGGACUAUGCGAGACGUGUGCCGGCAAACCCGGCCGACAAGCUCACAGCUCUGUCCAAUAUAGCCCGGGCGUUCAAGCCUAUGAGCGACGGCGCUGUCGGCGAGUACGUUGCCGGGCACUGGACAAACUCUCUCGUGGAGUCGCUGUGCUGGCAGCCUCUGAAGUCCAAACCGGCAGGCGACAGCGCGGCACCAUCAUGGUCAUGGGCGUCCGUCAACGGCAUCGUGGGCAUGGGAUUCGGGAGCGGCGUAGCGCACCACUGCCUUGCCACCGUCGACGACACAGACGUAACCCUCGCAGAUACCGGCAGUACAUUUGGACGAGUAAUUGCGGGAGCGAUUACACUUCAGGCACCGCCGCUGAUUCCCGUGCUGUUGCUGCAAGAUGAAGAGCUUAGACUGGGCUCGUAUGUCAGCAGACGUGUGCGUGUGCGGAGCGAGGAUGGAAGCGAAGACGGCGUUAUCGUAGGCAUAGAUACCAAGGACAAGCGCCAUGUCAGGCCCUGCGAUGUACUGGGGGGCAGGACGCUGUUUGCGUUGGUGUUGGCGGAGACUCAUGGGGAUCAAGAGUGCGCACGCGAGUCGCAUGAUCCAGAGGGUACUUUGCACGGACUUCUUGUUACGCCUGCUACGCCUUCCGGGGGUGAUAAGAUGCGGCGGCUUGGGUUCUUAGUGGCCGGGGCGGCUGAUCUUGGUCCUGCUUCAUUGUUCAGCACGCGUGAGAGUGUCACUUUAGUAUGA